GUGUGGAUAAAGACAGAAGGAAUACUGCACCUAACGAUCUCAUUCCACGUUCACGGCACCGGAGUCCCGGUGGAAAGCUGUGAGGAGGCGUUUGCUCCAGACAAAUAGAAAGUGGAGGGAUUUACAAGCAGCAAACAUCGACUGAGCCAGAGCAGCAUUUUCACACGUUUCACAGAAUAUGCUAUAAAUAACUCGAGGCUCUACAGGUUGGUGUGUUGGAUGCUGAGUGGCUGCAGGCGGCAGGUUGAGGAGGGGCUGGAUGCUGUGGGCUCCAGUGAUUGUUUUCCUCCUUUCUUGCGCUUCCAUUGAUCAGUAAAGCGAGGAAGGCGGAUCCUCUGACGUCGCCGUCAAGCUGCUCGGCUGCGUCAGAGUCCUGCUGAACCAAGGAAGAAGGAACCAAGAAAUAAAAGGAGAGCGCUUCGGAAAGGCCGAGCAGAGCGCACGGAGCGUGACGGGGACAUACAGACGCGUCGUGAAGAACACCGCGGACAUGGAGGGCUGCACGGAGGAAGAAUACAAGGAAAAAUUACUAUGGAACGUCAAACGAGAGGUGAAGCAGAUUAUGGAGGAAGCAGUGACUAAGAAGUUUGUCCACGAAGACAGCAGCCACAUCAUCGCUCUCUGCACUACCAUCGAGGCCUGCCUGGGUCACCUGCUGAAGAGACGAGCUGCUGGGUUUCUCCGCAGCGACAAGAUCGCAGCCCUCUUCACCAAGGUCGGCAAAGUCUGCGACACCGCCGGCGAGGUUUGCCAUAAAGUGCAAGAGCAGCUCCAGCAGCAGGCUGAUCUUACCAGGAGAACCCAGAGCGUGGGCCACGAACCCCUGAGGAGACAAGGCUCUUCCACCACCAGCCGGCCCCCUCAGCCCCUCUCCGCCCAGGCCAUCAAACACAUCUGGGUCCGCACGGCUCUCUUCGAGAAAGUUCUGGACAAGAUUGUGCAGUACAUUGUGGACAACUGCAGUAAAUACUAUGAGAGGGAAGCUCUGAUGCAUGACUCAGUCUUCGGGCCCAUCUUGGCAGCCCUACUAGUGGGGCCGUGUGCUCUGGAGUACACAAAGCUGAAGACUUCGGAUCAUUUCUGGACAGACCCCUCAGCCAAUGAGCUGGUUCAGCGCCAUCGUAUUCACGGGGCCCACCGGGGCCAGGACGUCUUAGCCGGCCGCCGGCCUGCUCUGGGGAUCCGCAAAAGGCAGUCGAGCGGCAGCAUGUCAGAGGACAGGUUUGCUGCAUCAGCGAGGGAGUAUGUGGAGUCUCUUCACCAAAACUCCAGAACGCACCUUCUCUAUGGCAAAAAUAAUGUCCUUGUGCAACCGAAGAAGGACAUGGAGGUUUUACGGGGUUACUUGUCUCUCCAUCAAGCUGGGGAUAAUCUCACGCUGAAGUGGACACCCAAUCAGCUCAUCAAUGGCACACUGGGAGACUGCGACCUGGAGAAAAGUAUCUACUGGGAUUACGCACUAACUGUUCCUCUGCGCCAGAUAGUAUGCAUCCACUGUCACCAACGUUCUGACUGUGGGGGGACACUGGUUCUGGUCAGUCAGGACGGGAUCCAGCGGCCGCCCCUGCACUUUCCCCCUGGUGGUCACCUGCUGGCCUUUCUCUCCUGUCUGGAAACGGGCCUGUUACCACGGGGCCAGUUGGAGCCGCCUCUCUGGUCCCAAAAAGGAAAGGGAAAAGUAUUCCCUAAACUGAGGAAGAGGAGUAGUGCCGCCAGGCUUAUCGACCAGGAAGCCAACGGCGAGGAGCAAUCGGCCGCCGACUACGUGUUUCGCAUCGUCUACCCUGGAUAUCGAUACGAAGCCAACCACGGGGACAUGAUGGACACGCAGGGCUUUGGAGGCAGCCCGUCGUCGUGGCAACAGGCUGAAGUCACCACUCAUGAGUCCCUGUGCCAGUCCUGCUCCACCGCUGGCAGCAACGUGUCCUUUGACUACGCGUCUGGCUGUACCUGCAUACACGACCCGUCAGAUAUUCACACUAUUCCUCUGAAGAUGCUCUGCCAGAACAUGAAGCGGCAGAUAGUCUCCAGAGCCUUCUAUGGAUGGCUGGCAUACUGUCGACACCUGUCCACAGUGCGGACUCACCUGUCAGCUCUGGUCAACCACAACAUCGUCCCCCCAGACAGACCCUGCGAGGCAUCCGGGGGCCUCAGCAAAGAGGUGUGGAGCAAGUACCAGAAAGACUGCAAGAACUACAAGGAGCUGGAGCUGCUCCGGCUGGUUUAUUACGGUGGAGUGCAGCAUGAAAUCAGAAAGGAGGUGUGGCCUUUCCUUCUGGGACACUACAAGUUUGGCAUGAGCAAAAAGGACAUGAGUAAGAUCGAUGCAAAGAUCAGCGAGCGGUACCAGCAGGUGAUGCGGGAGUGGAAGGCCUGUGAGGUGAUCGUCAAGCAGCGGGAGAAGGAGAUGCAGUCGGCCAUCUUUGCCAAGCUUUCCUCGGGCAGCAGCAUCGACAGCCACGUCCUGCGGCUCGUCCACAGAGACUCCACACUCAGCAAUGAGGUGUUCAUGUCUGUAGAUGAGCAGGACGCAGGAAGCCAGGAGACCCCCAGUGGAGAGGACAGCACUCCCACAAUGACCAACCUGGUGCCCCCCGUGGCCCUCCCACAAGAAGAGCGUCCUCUGGUAGAAUUCGAUUCCCCCGACUCAGGGCUCCCCUCCUCCAGAAACUACUCUGUGACCUCUGCUCACUCCCAGAUCCUGUCUAGUAUCGAUGACGGUCAGAGCACAGAGGAGGAGGGUGGGGGCGCGGAGGACGGCAGGACUCCCAGUGAGCUGGUGGGGUGCCGGGACUCUCUGACAGAAGACAGGCUGUGCAGUCAGCUGGACAAACUGGUGACCAGUGGAGCAGCUGCUGAGGGGACGUCACCGUCGCUCUCUUCCUAUACAAUCGAGUUGUUGGACACGGUCGCCCUCAACCUCCACAGAAUAGACAAAGAUGUCCAGCGCUGUGAUCGCAACUACUAUUAUUUCACCACGAGCAACCUGGAGAAACUCCGCAACAUCAUGUGCAGCUAUGUGUGGGAGCAUUUAGAGAUGGGCUACGUUCAGGGCAUGUGUGACCUCCUCGCUCCGCUCAUGGUCAUCCUGGAUGAUGAGUGCCUGGCGUACAGCUGUUUCACUCAGCUGAUGAAGAGGAUGAGUCAGAACUUCCCUAAUGGUGGAGCCAUGGACUCGCACUUUGCCAACAUGAGGUCACUGAUCCAGAUCCUGGACUCGGAGCUGUUUGAGCUGAUGCAGCAGAAUGGAGAUUACACUCACUUCUACUUCUGUUACCGGUGGUUCCUGCUGGACUUCAAGAGAGAGCUGCUGUACGACGACGUGUUCGCAGUGUGGGAGGUGAUCUGGGUGGCUCCCAGGAUUUCCUCACAGCACUUUGUCCUCUUCCUGGCCUUGGCGCUGGUCACAGUUUACCGCGAGAUCAUCGUGGACAACAACAUGGACUUCACCGACAUCAUUAAAUUCUUUAAUGAAAUGGCUGAGCGGCACGAUGUCCAGCAUAUCCUGAAGAUAGCGCGUGAGCUGGUGCACAAAGUCCAGUCUCUGAUGGACAACAAGUAACUGUGACGAAGAAGGCAGAAAGAGGAAUGGGAGGAUGCAGAGGGAGAGUGUCUGAACCUGCUGGAAACUAGAGCACUUCCUGCCUCCACUUACCCAGGCCACAGCCGGGUGGUCGAGGCGUCCCUUUUCUCCAGAUGAAGGCCCCGGGAAUGGGGCGGCUGUUGGAGCUCGGCCCAAUCUGUUUACAUUACCCUUCACGUGGAAUGCCCAUGGUACCUGUUCGGACGUGGAUUUGUCUGCAUGCUUGUGAGUUUGAUCACACUGUGAACGCAUUCUUGAGUCUCCCCAGUCCUACAGAGUUUGCGUGCGUGCAUGAAACACAAACACACACACACACACACACACACUAUCACGACUCGGUUUUCUAAAGUCUCGCUCUUUUUCUCGACUCUGAGACAGAACAUGUUGGAUGCCUAUCAGGAAAGCUGAAGCUCUGUGUUUGUGUUCUCCAUGCAGUGCCAUCUUUGGCCACUAGAGUGCAGGAUUUACACACAGAGGAGCAGAAGACUUAGCCACGAAGACGUUUUCAUUAGUGACCAAAUGGACUGUGCCAACGACCUUUUCAUGAGUGUUUUCUACAAGCAUGUGUGUUUUUACCCCCUCUUUUCUUUUUGUCUACAAAGUCAUUAUGACACAAAUGUUGCCUUUUUCAGUAACAGCCCAAGGUACUUACUUGCACUUUGUUGUGAGGGGGUCCUUCGCGGUCCCUGUGAAGGCCACGCCACAGUCUGUGGGGGCCGGAGGAGCCUGCGAGAGGCCAGACUGUUUAGAAACUCAGGAUGAAUUGCAGCCAGCUUUUCUGAACAUGUCGGUCAGUGUUUGAAGCAUGUCUACUCCCAGAGCACAACACAAAACGCAAGAGCACACGAGCCUCCCUCCUUAUCCUCGCAAUUUUAAAAGGGCCACAGCUACGUAUGACAGCUACACCUUAACUUAUCUCGAUCAGUUUCAGCUUGAGUUUAAAUUGUUUUUAGCUCUUUUUGUGGCUGCUCAUCAAUUUCAGAGAGCCAAAAGUUUCCGGCACAACGUCACCUACGUCCAAGGUGAGCGGGACAAAGGUGGUGAAGAAUCCAGCGACACUUGAAACAUGAGGGAACGACUUCACGUGUCGGGGUCAUUACAAAAUACCAAACAGCUUGUGUUUGCUAUUUCUGGCUUCGCUUAGCCUACAAAGACUCACUGAGUUUUCAAAGGCAAACUGAUCUGUUUGUUAAAAAACAUCAUAUAUUCAUAUAUUUAGCCUAAUUAGGAUUAGUGGAAUGAAAAUGUAAAAACUGAUUUAUCUAGCAGUGUUUGGAUAUUUUUAUGAAAAGAAUGAAACUCACUUCCUUGAAGGAAACCUCCUCAAACAGCUGGACUGUAGUUUUAGCAGACGUCACAAUAAGAUCAUAGAAUCGAGUUAGUGUUGUAGUGCUGUUUGUUUAUAACUUACAGCUUUUUCCAGCUGUUGAAAAACAGUAUUUAACACCCCCAUUUUAACCAGUUAGUGAGAUACAUGUACUUUUCUUGGUGACCCCCCUCCCCGAGCCUUAUUCCUGUUAAAAAGAAGUUCUUGUCUGAUCGUUGGGGAUCUCUCACUAAUCUCAAAGGGUCUUUACCUUGCUAUUAAAUCACACUGAGAUAACUGACAAGUAGUUGAGCUAAUUUUGUGAUAUACUUCCUGGAGUAUAAUUUUUUCAGAUAAUCUUUGAUUAACAUUUAAGUUUGUUUGAUCCUUAACUAUCACACAACAGAGCUGAACUAUAGUAUGAAAGCUCCAAUAACCAGCUGUAAAUCCAUUUAACUUUAUGGAAAAUGUCGGUUUCAGAUCCAGCUGUGUUGAAAUGUCGUUGAAAUUUGGGGAAGCUGCAGGAAAUAGAAGCACACAUUAUUAGGCAUUCCCUGGGAAAAAACCCAAAAGCAAACCAGAUCGAGUAUAUGGGAUAGAACAGGAGACACGAGGUUGCAGGAUGUGGUCAGUGCUUGUUUGACUUUUCGCAGCAAAGAAUAUUCUCGGGAAAUAUAGACUGUCCUUUCAGUAAUUUCGUUUGAAACAUGCACGCUGACCUGAAGGCACCACGAAGACUGUUCAGCUUCCUUUUGCAUUCAGAAGCACUGUCCAGAGAAGUGGUUGCAAUUGUCCCUGUGAAGCCGAAGUCCAGCCUCUGAGACUCGGGCUGGGUUUGUCUUUACAGUCCCAGGUUUAGAGAAAAAACAAAAGAAACCUGAGAAGAAGCUGCUUUUAAUGCCAUCACUAGUGUUCAGUGGAUCAGUAUUACAGUGUGUUGGUGUUGGCUUCAGAGUAACAGCACAUUCACGUUUGUAUCUGAAGGGAGUCGGGUGCUUUUUUGACACCCUUCCUGCUCUCCCUUCUUCUCAGUGUGACCCUUUAUCGCUCCUUAAACCGUCCAACGCGGCCGCGUACGAUCGGUCGUCCGACACGGACCUGCACCUGUGAUUCAAGUGCCAAGAGUCUUCCCCGAUCCUAACGUGUACUGUAGUCAUCUUGCUCUCCGAUUCGCUAGUUUGAUCCCAGGAACAGGCCGUGGCAUUGGAUGGACCUCGCUACGGCCUCUCCUCCCUCCCCCACCCUGCCGCCGCGGAGGCUCGGAGGGGGAAUCGGGUCCGUGCUUUUUCUUCCGAUCAGGACGUUGUGUACCAAAGCCUUGAAACAGCCCCCUCUGUGGCGUGACAACAACGUGCAAUUUCAUACUGCAUCUUGAAGACUGACUGUUUACUAUUUGUGUAAAAUAUUUUUGGAAAUGGUGUUCUUGAAUUCUUUCACUACUGUGCAAUUUCUGUCAUUUGAGAAUCCCAUCAAAGUCUAUACUGCUGUACAUAUGAACCAAAAGCCCAAUAUUUCUAUGAAGACAGACACAACAUAUAUACAAAUAUACAUAUAACUUAUUUUGAGAUCUAUUUUUAUGUUGGUUUUAGCAGCACUAGCCAGAGGUGUGUACUGUGCAGAAAUGCAGAAUGUGUGCAGACCAUGUUACAGAUUGACUGUUAAGUGUUCUCUCUUAAUGUUGUGCACUGACUUCAAGAUUUCAAAUUUCUAUUUAUGUAAGGAGCCAACGAUUGCAUUGCUGAAUAUGUAUUGGUAAGGGUGUAUCAUUUGCCUUGAAUGUAAUGUAUUAUUAAAUAAGAAGUUGUUCAAGA